AUGGAAGAAAAUGCUCGACGAGACCGAGAGCGCCCAGAUGACUCCGACUUGGAGUCCAACGGGGCCAUGCUGCCUCUCCUCCAGCCACCUGGAAACCAGCAGUCCCACAGGAUCACCAACUUUUACAUUGACAACAUUUUAAGACCCGACUUUGGACGAAAGAGGAAGGACGGGACUUUGGUCCGGGAGGCAGACAGUCUGGGAGUGAUCAUACGAAGAGAGGAGCUGCCAGGGAGAAAGUCUUCCAAAACUGGCAACCCUCAGCAGGGUGGAGCAGGAGGCAAGGAGGAGGAGAAGACGGGAGCAUCCGACGAUCGGCGUCCGGACACUGAGGACAGGAGGCCGGACUUGAUAGCCAGUGAUGUGGCCGUGAAGGGCCGGGGGAGCGGCGGGGAGCGCUGCCGCAGCCCCCAGGCCAGUUCGGCCCCUGCGGCCAAACCGAUGCUGUGGCCGGCCUGGGUUUAUUGUACCCGCUACUCAGACCGUCCGUCCUCAGGGCCCAGAUCCCGCAAACCAAAGAAGACUACGACCCCGAGUAAAGAGGACAAGCGGCCCCGGACGGCCUUCACCGCGGAGCAGCUCCAUCGGUUAAAAACGGAGUUCCAAGGCAACCGAUACCUGACGGAGCAGCGGAGGCAGAGCCUGGCCCAGGAACUAGGCCUCAAUGAGUCUCAGAUCAAAAUCUGGUUCCAGAACAAGCGGGCCAAAAUCAAGAAAACUUCCGGUAAUAAAAACUCUCUGGCGCUCCAUCUCAUGGCACAGGGACUGUACAACCACUCCUCAGCCAAGGACGCCAAGUCGGACAGCGACUAG